UUCCGAACCACCUGCUUGCCAUUUUUUAGUUUCUUCCACACUUUGCCUGCAACAACAGCAGACAGACAGCCUUCCAGCUAUUGCGUCAGAGAUUCGGUUCGCCGAGGUUAUCCCUAUUCAAUUCAGUGACUCUAGUAAAUAUAACAGAGAGUACUAUGUCUGCUGCUAUCCGACCGUCUCCUCUUGCUCCUGCACUUGCAUUGAGGCGCUUUGUGAGAUGUCGCUCCUGCAUUGCCGGAAAGCCCCUCCGAAAGCAGUUGUCGGGAUUGACGGCGGCGGUCGAAGACCCAUGGUCGGCUCUUGGCAGGAACAACCGUAUCGUGGACGUUUCUGGGUUGGCCGAUCAAAUGAGACAAGAAGUACGAGACUAUACAGGUCAACUUCAACUGCAGCAACGGAGACCCAUCAGACUGGCUGGAAUCUUUGCUACCCAAGCCAUGACCGAGUCCCAACGAGUGGAGGCGGAAGUCUAUGCUACCCAUAUCAGUCAGACUCUACAAGAAGAUGGCUUGGCAUAUGAGCAUGUGGAAUGUCGAGGGAGUCAACCUGCCGAUGUCGACGCUGCCAUUCAGAAAAUGAACCAACGAUCUGAUGUGCAUGGGAUUCUGGUCUAUUAUCCCAUUUUCAAAAAUAUGCGGCAUCAGCAUAAUCGACCCCGCCAAUACCUCAAUGCAUCGACUGGAGUGUAUUACAAGAGCUGCGAUGACUACUUGCGUGAUCGAGUGCAUCCCGCCAAAGAUGUGGAAGGUCUAGGUCAUGGCUACAAUUCACGAUAUCACUUUCGAGCACGCGCUAGACGAGGAGAUCACAGCAAUAUCUACGUGCCUUGCACUGCAUUGGCUGUGGCUAGGAUUUUGGAAACCUACCAUCCUUUGGAACAUCAUCCAAAUGGCAAUGCCUGGAAAGAUGUCACUGUGACAGUAGUGAACCGAUCCGAAAUAUUUGGGCGACCCUUGGCGGCCAUGUUGGCACUGAAAGGGGCCCACGUGUUUUCGGUGGAUGAGAAUUCCAUUCUGAAGUUUUGUCCAAAUGGUCGCAUGAAACGACUGAGUCAUUUGGAUCAUCAUCAGCACCCUCAAGCAGUGUCACUGGAAUGGUGUCUACAACAGUCCAACAUUGCUGUCACGGGGGUGCCGAGUCCUCAAUUUUCAUUGCCACUAGACGCAUUGUUGGCAGAGAAAUCAUCAUCUUCCGAUACAGCUGUGACUAUUGUCAAUGUCAGCGAAUUUGACAAUGUCAUGGAAGAAGAUGUGUUGGAACGACCAGAUGAUGACAACAUUACCUUUAUUCCAUCUGUCGGGAAAGUCACCGUGGCGGCACUCGAACACAACCUUUUAAAUUUGCACAAGCAGCAGCAACAACAACCACAUUACUAGCUAAAAAGAUGCAAAUUGUUCUGUAAGCUUGCUGGAUCGAUUGAGUCUUCUUUUUAAUAAAAGGAAAUUUAAUAGCU